CGCUUUAUGCCCGACACAGACUUCUACUGUACGUCUCGUUUUUUCUUUUUAUUAUUUUCGUUCGAAUAUAUUAAAAAGAUCUUUCUUUUUUUUCUUACGAAAGGAGAAAAGUGAUUGGUCGAUUAUAUCGAUACGAUUCACCAACCGGAAUAAUAGAAUUGUCGUCGGAAGGAAGAGAUUAACUUUGAAAGGAAGAGAAUCUCAAAAAAAAAAAAAAAAAAAAAAAAAAAGAAAGAAAGAAAGAAAGAAAAAAUCCUUUCAGCCAGAAUUCAAGGAAUCUAGUUCGAUUAAGGUCGACGUAAUCGGACGAGAUUUCGUAAUCGAGUGAAGAAGGGGUGAAGAAGAAGAAGAAGAAGAAGAAGAAGAAGAAAAAGAGGAGGAAGGAGAAGGAUUCCGCGAAGGAACAAGGAUCCCUCGGUGGAAAAUCAUCGUCGAUAUUCGCUUGGGCGAUAAAGACGGCGAUCGAAUACCACCGAGUGUUUACCAAUGAACGUAGCGUACGGUGGUUGCGGACGAGGACAAAACCGUGGAACACGCACGAGGAACAGACAGUGCUGCGUUUUGGCGACCGGGGUCCUCCAGAUUCUCGGUUUCUCACCACCGACACUACCUGACUUCAUCACUUCUCGAGAGACCGACGUAGAUCUUCACAACGUAAUCGUUAAUCAUGGGGCUCGACUUCUUGGCAGACGGAGGUGCCGAUUUCGAGCAUGCAAUCACCGUAACAGGAUUCGGCAAAUUUCAUUAUAUGCUGUUGACAAUCUGCGGAUUAAUUUACAUGGACACCGCCAUCGGAGUCACGAUACUCUCCUUCGUGUUACCGGCAGCGCAAUGCGACUUGGAAAUGGAUUCCACCGCGAAAGGGUGGUUAACGGCAUCGCCAAUGUUGGGGAUGGUAGUUGGUUCCUAUAUAUGGGGAUGCCUGGCUGAUAUCAAAGGAAGAAAAGUCGUAUUAAUCGCCACUUUAUUAAUGGACGGCAUUGUAGGUGUCGUUUCCUCUUUUGUCCAAUAUUUUUGGAUUUUUCUAGUGUUUCGUUUCUUUAACGGGUUCGCCGUUACAGGAGCUAUGGGAAUUUGUUUUCCGUAUUUAGGGGAGUUUCAGCCGACAAAGUAUCGCGAAAAAUGUCUUUGUUGGAUGGAAAUGUUCUGGACAGUAGGUGUCAUACUAUUACCAUUGAUCGCAUGGCUGAUUAUACCGAUGAACUUCAUGUAUCUUACGGACACGUUUUACUUUAAGUCAUGGAAUCUCUUCGUAGCGCUGUGCGCUCUACCCUCGUUGAUGUUAGGCCUGUGGCUGUUCGCAUUCCCAGAGAGUCCGAAAUUUCUUCUUGAAUGUGGUGAAACCGAUGCAGCACUCGAAGUAUUUAAAUGGAUCUAUUCGCAGAACACUGGGGAGGAUCCUGACUCUUAUCCGGUAAAAUCGUUGCAAGAGAAAAACAAAGAAAAGAACAUGAGAUCGUUGAAACUACACAAAAGAAAGGAUUUAAAAGUUCUUUUGAAAGAAGUAAAAGAUCUAACAACUGCUCUCUGUAAGAAACCGUACCUUAAAAAUACGCUACUCGCUUGUGGCAUUCAAUUUGGUCUCACCAGUAGUUACUAUACUCUUAUGGUUUGGUUCCCAGAAUUAUUCACUAGAUUCGAACAAUUUGAACAUGAAAAUCCGAAUAAAACUACAUCGGUUUGUAUAGUAUCUGCUUUGUCCAAUAAUGGAACUCAAAUCGACGCUUAUGGAUGUGAUACCAUAAUAGCGCCUUCUGUUUAUCUUCACACGGUUUACAUAGGACUCGCCUGUAUACCUGGUUCCAUUAUUUUACCGAUUUUCGUGCACAAACUUGGUGCCAAGUUCUUUUUGAUUAUGUCACUGUUAGUUUCUGGAGCAGUAACGAUUGCCUUCUAUUAUGUCGUUAAUUCGACACAAAAUUUGAUAUUAUCCUGCGUGUUCGAGGCUCUGACAUCUCUCGGUAUCUCACUGGUUUAUUGCGUAAUCGUCGACAUGUUCCCGACGAAUCUCAGAGUAAUGGCUGCGGCUUUAUCUCUCACCAUGGGUCGAUUAGGCGCACUAGUCGGUAAUUUAGUGUUCGGCUACCUAAUUGACUUAGCCUGUGUGAUUCCUAUAGUUUUAUUUGCAGCAUUUUUAUUCGUAUGUGGAUUUAUGUCUUUCUUGUUGCCAAAAACAGGAAAAGAAACUCUCGAGUAAUUGAAGUACGAUUCGUCUCCUGAGGAAAAUUGAGUGAUAAAAAUAUUUCCAGAAGUGGAAGAAACAACAAUCAAUACGCAUUGACAAAAAUUGUCUUAGCGUUCGAAUUAUAUUUUUACAAAAACUAACAAUGUAUUUAUUACGAUAAUAAUGAUCGAAGAAAAUGUUUCGAUUUCUACGAAUGUUUCGAUUCUUAUAAGAUUAUGAAAGAUAUUCAACAAAAAAAAGUAUAUUUUUAUUUUAACAGCAGAUUCAUGUAAAUAUGUAAUAUUUAUUUUAUGAAUGUUUUACAUUUACUAUUUUAAAGAAGAUUAAAUAAUAUGAUCAUAAAUUAAAUAAGAUAAUGUAUAGACGCGACUAAAUUUUAAAUUGCGCGCCAAAAUAAGUAUUUCAUAAAAUAUUUUAUUUAUAAAUAUAUGUCAAAAAAUGCUAUUUAAUCUUU